GUAGUGUAAAGUUGGCGUAGAAUCUGGGAGUUAAGUACACUACAAUAUGGAGCCUCGCUACACAAUUACCAAGAGUUGUUUGAUGCAAGAUGGCUAACCGCGGAGUAUCUCAAGUAAUAGUCUUAAAAUCUAGGCAGACUAGCGCCAUUGCCAUGUCAGCUUCAAAAUUCCAAAGCCUUGCAACACCUUCCUCCAUAGCAGCUUUUGGGGAGACAGACAAGCUGAAAAAUCGAAAACAAUUUUUUUUACAAACUUUGGCAUUCUUGAUGAACCUGCAUAACUUCUGGAGGUUUCCUCGUGAAGCCUACUUAAAAGGACAAGGUGCUUUUGUAUGGGCUUAUAUAAUCGUAAUGAUGUCCAUAGGAAGCUGUCUUUUAUUCUUUGAAGUCGCGUUGGGCCAAUCGUCGAGUAAGGGCUAUCAUGGGGUGUUUUCUCUUUGUCCGAUAUUUGAAGGAAUUAGCAUUGUAAUGGCGAUUUAUUGCACGCUCAUCGCAAUUUAUCACAAUGUAAUAAAUGUGUUCAGCGUCUUAUAUUUUAUAGCGUCAUUCACUCUAGAUUUUGCACAAUGUAACAACUUCACCCGCAACGAAGAAUGUUCGAAUGGAUCUCCAAAUCAGUCAUCUACACCAGAAUAUGCAUUUUUUAAGUACCAAAUUCUAAGAAGCCCUCCCCAAUAUUCUAUUGGCUCGCUUGAAAUCAACUGGAAGACCUUAACUGUGCUAUUUUUGCUGUGGAUGGCAAUUUCAAUCGCUAUUCGGAGACGUUUUAGUGCUCGAACAUGGCCUCCUAAGUUUUACUGCCCAUUGCCAUUCAUAACAUUCGCAAUCACCCUAAUUGCAGCCUUAUUUAUUGGUGGAGCGUCCGAAGGUUUGAAAUUUAUGUUCAGCUGCACAAUGAAAGACCUAUGUGACAUAGUGGUUUGGCGCAAUUCAGCGGAACAAGCCAUAGUUUCAUUGGCAAUUGGAAUGGGGCCAAUGAUUACGUUUGGUUCAAUUUUAAAAUUUCAUACGCCUUCGGAUAGGGACAGCUUUUUUCUAGUAAUACUGGUAGGGAUUGCCACCCUCCUGUGUAGCUCGAUUGUAUUUUCCACAGCAGGAAUAUUGGCCGAGGAAAGAAAGCAAGACAUUCAAACAGUUUUUAAUCUGAAGCAAACACCUAAUUUUUAUGGACACGUCGAAUUUUCGCAGUUAUUUACAAAGGUGACGUCACCAUUGUCCAACUGUAUCUCAGUUUUAUUCUUUCUUACAUUACUUAUUGCCGGAUGGUACCCUUUGGUGACCUACGUAGAGUCUGCAACAUUGAUUUGCUACAGAUAUGUGCCAUGGCUGGGAAAGUAUACUCUUCAGACCACAGUUGGUUUCUGUUUGCUGUGCUUUAUUUUGGGAUCAUUUCUACUAACUUCAAAUGGAUACUAUUUAUUGACCUUUGUUGACCAACUUAUUGUGACAAUUGCUUUAUCACUGGUUGUCCUGUGCGAGCUAGUUGCAGUAAUGUACAUCUACAGGCUUCCUGCAUUUUCAGAUGAUGUAGCCUUCAUGAUAGGGUUUGAACCAAAUCUGUACAUAAAGAUAGUGUGGGUAUUGUCUCCGUUUGUGCUUUUGGGGAUGAUCUGCACGCAUAUCACCCAUAGGAGUCCCCAACGUAUGGAUUUGAAUGAAAAAAUCGCUGUAAUAGUGGGAUUGUUGAUUGUUUUUACUCCAUUGGUUGUAGUUGGGCUUUAUAACAUUUGGGUAUUUUACAGGGAAGGGAACAUUCGCAAAGUUUUUUCAACCAGAGCGGUUUCGUCUGUUUCUAGUGAUGACAUAGAUUUGCCAAAAACUGUACCAUGGUUUAGAAAGGUAGAUAAUGGACCAGGUCCUUCCCGAGCGUAGAUCGCAU